UGUUGUCACCUUCGUUUUCAAACGUGAAAAGCAGUCGCAUAAUGGAGAAGAAAAAGACAAACAAACGCCAGUUUUCCCGGCUUGUGUCCUUCAUGGAGGAAAAUCCCGAGCUGGCUAGAGGAAGCAAAUUCAUAGCGCGGGAUUCGGUUACUUCCCUAUGGUGGAAGAUAACGGAUUCCUUGAACAGUUUGGGCCCUCCAAAUCGUUCCGUUGCAGCCUGGCAAAAGGUUUGGACUGACAAAAAAUUGCAACUGAGACGAAAGUUGCAGCACAACAAGACCGAGCUGACGGCCACUGGAGGUGGGCCAAAUAGCCUGCAUUCUUUCAACGAUCUGGAAGAAACCAUCAUUCGUCUCCUUUCGCUGGAGAGAGCAGUUAACCAUAAUGGGUCUGUUUUCGGUACGCAGUUGGCAUCCGGUCAAGCACCCGGUUCAUCUGGAAUAGAUGAAAACCAAAACCUAGCCGAGGUAUCAGCUGGCGAGCCGCAGGCUAGCGAAGACGAGGAGCCUACACGGGACAAUGCAGCUCGGGAAGAUGAGCCAAGAGGUCAGUCGAAUGGACGAGGACGUGGACGAACAACCAAACGUAAUUUCCGAAAAGCUCUCCUCGAAAAGCAGACUGACGAUCUCUGCAAGAUAAAACGCCAUGUAUCGGAUUGCGCACGAUAUGCGCGUAAAUCGUACGAUUUGCACGAAAAGCGAUUUGCGCUUGAAACAAACCGAUUUGAGCUGGAAGAGGAGAAAUUUCGAUUCAAAAAGCAGAUGAGAAGAAUAGAAAUCAGCAGCUAG